UACAUGGCGUCCAUACUUCUAUAGUAUCAACGAUAGACUACACCCAGAGAACACUUGAAUCUACAAGACGAGAUGAGCUGAUUACUCUCACAGAUGUACUGCAGACGAAAUGUGAUGAAAAUCUGAAGAUGAAGCUUCCAGAAGAUGACACACGAGCCACGAGAAUCCUUCUUACCUUUCAAGGUCAGAGAGCCCUGGAGGAACUUAUCAACACAUUUGGUGGUCUCGCCUCCAGUCUCAACAUGGAUCAUAUUCCAGAUUCUCAGCCUACUUCACAAGAGUUGAUGACGAUGACAUUGAGAGAACGACAAGCCAACGAGGAGACAAUUAAGAAGGAAAGAGAGGAACACAGGUCACAGACAGAAAAGCAGAAUGAGGAAGCUGAAGCCUGUAAGUUGACAUUUAUAUUAUAUACCAGAGAAAAUACAUGUGGAGUAAAUGUUAUGUUUGUAAGAAUAAGAACUGAAUAUUUAGUCCUUUGCCUAUUAAUGUUUUGUUCUCGGAUCUUCAUGGGCAUUGUGUUGUUGCUCUGGCAGCGUGGUAUAGAUUCCGAAGAUGCAUUUAUGUGAAAUAUCAGGGAAAUAUUUAGAGUGUCAAUAUUAUGUUAGUGAAGAUAGCAACAAAAUAUUUACUCUGUUGCUGUCAGUCAAAACAAAUUCAUUGUUACUCAUUAACAUGAGACUAGGACAGGCAUUAAAAGAAGGGUGGCGUAAGUAUCCUUCUGCAAUGGGACCUUACGUCCUUGCAUUGAUACAAACUGUGUACACCAAGCUGGGCGAGCCUGUGAGGUGGAAGCAAUACAGGGUGUAUCUGGACGCCGGGGUCGGAUGGUGUGCUCAUACAGUCGUGUUUGGAAUUAUCGACUCUCAACUGUUCUGGCAUUUUGGUAUCAAUUCCGUAGAUGCACCAAACAAAUUUGAUUGUCUUGUCUAAUGGACAUGAGCUAUGCCCUGCUACUGAUAUCGUAUACCAAAGAGACGGUGUCGUGUUUCGAUUAUUGUUAACCCUUCUGUAUCUUUUGUUUGGCACCAUUUCUGUUUACAACAUUCUACUGGACGUUGUUUUUUAUCAAUGAAUGAUAACCUAUUACAGUUAUUUACAAUGUUUUUUUAUGAGCAACCCCAUGCGAACAAACGUAUUAGGCAUCAGGAUCUUCUUCGUGCUA